AAACAAAUCAAAAUGAGGCCGGGCAGCUCAUUCUCUCAUAAACCACCAGCCGAGAAAGAAAAGCAACGCAGAGAUCGUAUGAAGGACCUCUAUUCAACAUUAGCUACUCUGCUUCAUCUUGAACCAUAUGAUAGCAAGUCGCUGCCAGAGUUCUUGGAUCGAGCGACUUCUUCACUGAUACAUUUAAAGGAAGGAGUAGAAAGAUUGAAGGUUAGGAAAGAAGAGCUAGAAAAGGAAGUUAGCCAUAAUAGCAAGCCUAGCAAUAGCGAACCGAGGUUAAAGGUGGUUCAAGUGACAGAAUUAGUGGAUCAGAAAUUAGAGGUUAACAUGAUUUUCAUGGUGAGUAACAAGAAAGUGGUGCCGUUUGAAGUGUUGAGAGUAAUAGAGCAAGGUGGUGCUGAAAUUAUGAGUUCUAGCUUCAGUACCGUAGGCCCCCAUAUCUACUGUACCAUUCAUGCUCAGGCAUUUCAAGCUCGAUUAGGGUUCGACGCCAAGCUAAUAGAAUCGCAAUUAAUGGAACUAAUUUACUAGCCAACAUGUAGGAGCUUUAAUGUAGUUAUAUUUUAUGUUCUAGUUCUUUGAUUUUGCAAUAAAGUGCAACUUUCGAUGGUGUAUGAUGAAAGGAUGCAAUCACUCAUUUGAUUGUACGUGAAUGUUGACUAUGAGAAGUCAUUAGUUGUACAAAAUUGAAUCGUAAUAAAUUCAUUUGUUUUUUAGAUAUUGUCAGUUCCACCCAAUUAACAUGUACUAUACAUUCAAUGUAUAUAUUAAGUUGAUUUUGUUGAA